CGUCGAGAAAUACAACACAGGUCAGCUUGGUGCCUUACGUUCGGAAAUACAACACAGGUCAGCUUGGUGCCUUACGUCGGGAAAUACAGCACAGGUCAGUUUUGGGCCUCACGUCGGGAAAUACAACACAGGUCAGCUUAGUGCCUUACGUCGAGAAAUACAACACAGGUCAGGUUGGUGCCUUCUGGCUGGAUUUACAACACAGGUCAGCUUGGUGCCUAACGUUCGGAAAUACAACACAGGUCAGCUUGGUGCCUUACGUCAAGAAAUACAACACAGGUCAGCUUGGUGCCUUACGUUCGGAAAUACAACACAGGUCAGCUUGGUGCCUUACGUCGGGAAAUACAGCACAGGUCAGUUUUGGGCCUUACGUCGGGAAAUACAACACAGGUCAGCUUGGUGCCUUACGUCGGGAAAUACAACACAGGUCAGCUUGGUGCCUUACGUCGGAAAAUACAACACAGGUCAGCUUGGUGCCUUACGUCGGGAAAUACAACACAGGUCAGCUUGGUGCCUUACGUCGGGAAAUACAACACAGGUCAGCUUGGUGCCUUACGUCGGAAAAUACAACACAGGUCAGCUUGGUGCCUUACGUCGGGAAAUACAACACAGGUCAGCUUGGUGCCUUACGUCGGAAAAUACAACUAAGGUUCCUCCAAGAGGAUUUCGCCGAGACAAUAUUCCUGUGAUGUGAAGGUUUGCCACUGCUAUAUGACAUUUAUAACAAAACGUGAUAUGGCGCUGACCUUUGAGACUCUUGUGGAUAUAUGACUCUGGAUAUCCAAUUUCACGUUCACCAUUCAACCUAUACGUGAUAGUGUGUGUAUCCAGGGAAACAUAGCUGUCCCCAGGUGGCCCAAUGAUAUGUGACCCUGCGAAGACAAGAAGAGCAUGCUUGUGAUCCCCUCGAUGUGUGGCGAACAUGGGUCCCUGGUUUGUAGUGGUCAUCAUCUUGAUGGCUUGGCUGACGGAUGCCUGUGACUUGCCGGAUUUUAUGCAGACACAAAACAGUACACAAGCGUGGUACUCACAUGUCAGACACGACAGGCCUGGGUCAAGAGUGAUUGCUGUUCAGGGGGGCACCAUCAGUAUUAGAGACACUUUGCGUGCAACAGAAGAUCAUUGGAACUGUACUGUUGCCUUAAAGGACAAGUAUGUGGUACAGAAGGACCAAGGGUCCAAUCAGAUGUUGUUUUCCUGUGUGAAGUUCUACAGGAGAAGCAAGUCAAUAGUACAAGUUGCAUGGUCACAGUCAGGUAAUAAGUUAGACCCCGAACAUCUCUGCUCUGAGACGAGUCUGACACCAGACCCCUGGCUACUGGUAGCAUUCCAUGUUUUGGAGUCCGAUUUCUCCCCUUGCUCUGUGUCAGGUGGCUUCAACAUGAAGAUUGAGGACUCAUACGGGAAAAGAAAUCCAUGCAACUUAAUGGACCUGCCCAUGCGCCUGGAGAGUGACUGUCUGGCAGGGGAGGGCGUCACGUUCAACUUCCGUUCCCAAAACUGCCUGCCUCUUGUGUCCAUGCGCAUUGUCCAAGAAACGCUAUGUGUGGCCAGCUGGUCCUCCCGAGGCAGCCACUUCUCCGUGCUGAGGAAGCACAACGUCGACAACGUCUGGUGUCUGAGGAUUCCCCGAAGGGAGCACCAUACCAAGCAUGCCAUACUGUUCACUGACGCGGCCUGUGUUGAGACAGACGACCAUGAAAUGGAAACUGUAACGUAUCUGAAUAUAUUCUUAGAGCGAGUUGUGUACAACAAUCUGUGCGCUGAUGAGUACCCUGAAUGUGCCGAUAUGCCUUGUAAUAGUUACACUCGCAGACAGUGUAUGAAGACAUGCCGAGCCUGUGACCCGCGGAGGCCUGCUGCCAUAUGUUCCUACCCCAGGAAUUACCGAGGCUCGUUCACCCUUGUGGAUAGAGAUGGAACCAAAGCUGUGGAAAUCACUGAAUCUAUGAUGACCAUACAACAUGUCGGCACUUUCCAGUGUAUGGUAUUUAGUGGCAGCCCAUCUGCCUCCAAACAUAUCUACAGUACUGUGUCAGUUACACAGAAUGGUUGUCGGCCCAGGUACAACUGUGUGAAGCUCAAGAAACUCGGCCCCUCUGUGUUAGCGUACAGUCUCAGUCAGAGUCUCGUCUGGCCCAUCGUUGACGCCCAGCUAAGCGCAUCUGCAUGUGACAAGAGAAAGUUUACUGCUGAUUUAGACCCAAUAUCCGACCUUUAUAGGUCACAUUUUGACACAAAGAAGCCUAUAGUUGCGGAGUACCCGCGCCCAGUAAGUGUCGCUUGCAACUUGACAUCAGCCUAUACCAUACAGGCAACAUUUCAGGAUGGCCACACCUGCCCCGGCAGCAUGUAUGAAGACUGCAAGGAGCACAGUCGUCUCAGAAUGGAUUUUACUGAAUGCCUCUCAGCACCUUUGAUCAAUGAGUAUAAGUGUAUAGCUGUAUUUGAAGGGCAAUACUGGGAGAAAAUUGUGCUUAUUCAGAAUACCAUUGAUGAGAGUGAUGCUCGUUGCAUUGUGUUCAACCACCUGAAGAAACUAGAGGCUCUAAUCAUGAGGGCGGGAGAGUGUGAUAAACUUAGCUGGAGAUUUGCUAAAAAUGAUGUCAGGAAAGCCUUAGUGACGCUUCAGAUCAGGCAAGAUAUGUUUCCGUGUAAGAACUUACCAAGUGUAGAUAGGACUACGUCAGCCCGUAAAGGCCAAUUAUCCAAUGACAAUGUCUCCACUCUCGUCACAGUUGACCCCACCCCAGGCCCUCCAACCCCCUCCCGUCCACGAUCCGAUGACAGUUACCAACAUGUAGACAGUGUACACUCCGCUGCCAACUCAAUGUACGUUGUCAGCAGCUGCGUGAUUAUGGUGUCCAUUGUCUACUCAGGUCUUUAGUUGUUAAAAUGCAUCAACACAUUAUUUUUCCGGUGCGAUACUUUAUGUCUGACAGGUAAGAGGUUUUAUCAAGCAGCAGUUUCUGUUCCCUGUAACACACCAUGGUGUUUCUGUUCCCUGUAACACACAAUGGUGUUUCUGUUCCUUGUAAUACACCAUGGUGUUUCUGUUCCCUGUAACACACAAUGGUGUUUCUGUAUCCUGUAACACACAAUGGUGUUUCUGUUCCCUGUAAUACACCAUGGUGUUUCUGUUCCCUGUAACACACAAUGGUGUUUCUGUUCCCUGAAACACAACAUGGUGUUUCUGUAUCCUGUAAUACACCAUGGUGUUUCUGUAUCCUGUAACACACAAUGGUGUUUCUGUUCCCUGUAAUACACCAUGGUGUUUCUGUUCCCUGUAAUACAUCAUGGUGUUUCUGUAUCCUGUAACACACAAUGGCGUUUCUGUAUCCUGUAACACACAAUGGUGUUUCUGUUCCCUGUAAUACACCAUGGUGUUUCUGUUCCCUGUAAUACACCAUGGUGUUUCUGUAUCCUGUAACACACCAUGGUGUUUCUGUUCUCUGUAAUACACCAUGGUGUUUCUGUUCCCUGUAAUACACCAUGGUGUUUCUAUUCUCUGUAACACACCAUGGUGUUUCUAUUCUCUGUAACACACCAUGGUGUUUCUGUUCCCUGUAACACACCAUGGUGUUUCUAUUCUCUGUAAUACACCAAGGUGUUUCUAUUCCCUGUAAUACACCAUGGUGUUUCUAUUCCCUGUAAUACACCAAGGUGUUUCUAUUCUCUGUAACACACCAAGGUGUUUCUGUUCCCUGUAACACACCAUGGUGUUUCUGUUCCCUGUAACACACCAUGGUGUUUCUGUUCCCUGUAACACACAAUGGUGUUUCUGUUCCUUGUAAAACACCAUGGUGUUUCUGUUCCCUGUAACACACCAUGGUGUUUCUCUAUCCUGUAAUACACCAUGGUGUUUCUAUUCCCUGUAAUACACCAUGGUGUUUCUAUUCCCUGUAAUACACCAUGGUGUUUCUGUUCCCUGUAAUACACCAUGGUGUUUCUAUUCUCUGUAAUACACCAUGGUGUUUCUAUUCCCUGUAAUACAACAUGGUGUUUCUAUUCUCUGUAAUACACCAUGGUGUUUCUAUUCCCUGAUAUACACCAUGGUGUUUCUAUUCCCUGUAAUACACCAUGGUGUUUCUAUUCUCUGUAACACACCAUGGUGUUUCUGUUCCCUGUAAUACACCAUGGUGUUUCUGUUCCCUGUAACACACCAUGGUGUUUCUGUUCCCUGUAAUACACCAUGGUGUUUCUGUUCUCUGUAAUACACCAUGGUGUUUCUGUUACCUGUAAUACACCAUGGUGUUUCUGUUACCUGUGAUACACCAUGGUGUUUCUUUUCCCUGUAACACACCAUGGUGUUUCUGUUCCUUGUAAUACACCAUGGUGUUUCUGUUCCCUGUAAUACACCAUGGUGUUUCUAUUCUCUGUAAUACACCAUGGUGUUUCUAUUCCCUGUAAUACACCAUGGUGUUUCUCUUCCCUGUAAUACACCAUGGUGUUUCUGUUCCCUGUAAUACACCAUGGUGUAUCUAUUCUCUGUAACACACCAUGGUGAUUCUAUUCCCUGUAAUACACCAUGGUGUUUCUAUAUUACCUGUAAUACACCAUGGUGUUUCUAUUCCCUGUAAUACACCAUGGUGUUUCUGUUCCCUGUAACACACCAUGGUGUUUCUGUUCCCUGUAACACACCAUGGUGUUUCUGUUCCCUGUAACACACCAUGGUGUUUCUGUUCCCUGUAACACACCAUGGUGUUUCUAUUUCCUGUAAUACACCAUUGCGGUUCUAUUCCCUGUAAUACACCAUGGUAUUUCUGUUCUCUGUAAUACACCAAGGUGUUUCUAUUCUCUGUAAUACACCAUGGUGUUUCUAUUCUCUGUAAUACACCAUGGUGUUUCUGUUCCCUGUAAUACACCAUGGUGUUUCUGUUCCCUGUAAUACACCAUGGUGUUUCUAUUCUCUGUAAUACACCAUGGUGUUUCUAUUCCCUGUAAUACACCAUGGUGUUUCUCUUCCCUGUAAUACACCAUGGUGUUUCUGUUCUCUGUAAUACACCAUGGUGUAUCUAUUCUCUGUAACACACCAUGGUGUUUCUAUUCCCUGUUAUACACCAUGGUGUUUCUAUAUUCCCUGUAAUACACCAUGGUGUUUCUAUUCCCUGUAAUACACCAUGGUGUUUCUGUUCCCUGUAACACACCAUGGUGUUUCUGUUCCCUGUAAUACACCAUGGUGUUUCUAUUCCCUGUAAUACACCAUGGUGUUUCUAUUCCCUGUUAUACACCAUGGUGUUUCUAUAUUCCCUGUAAUACACCAUGGUGUUUCUAUUCCCUGUAAUACACCAUGGUGUUUCUGUUCCCUGUAACACACCAUGGUGUUUCUGUUCCCUGUAAUACACCAUGGUGUUUCUAUUCCCUGUAAUACAUCAUGGUGUUUCUAUUCCCUGUAAUACACCAUGGUGUUUCUAUUCUCUGUAACACACCAAGGUGUUUCUAUUCCCUAUAAUACACCAUGGUGUUUCUAUUCCCUGUAAUACACCACGGUGUUUCUAUUCCCUGUAAUACACCAUGGUGUUUCUAUUCCCUGUAAUACACCAUGGUAUUUCUUUUCCCUGUAAUACACCAUGGUGUUUCUGUUCUCUGUAAUACACCAAGGUGUUUCUAUUCUCUGUAAUACACCAUGGUGUUUCUGUUCCCUGUAAUACACCAUGGUGUUUCUAUUCUCUGUAAUACACCAUGGUGUUUCUAUUCCCUGUAACACACCAUGGUGUUUCUCUUCCCUGUGAUACACCAUGGUGUUUCUGUUCCCUGUAAUACACCAUGGUGUAUCUAUUCUCUGUAACACACCAUGGUGUUUCUAUUCCCUGUAAUACACCAUGGUGUUUCUAUAUUCCCUGUAAUACACCAUGGUGUUUCUAUUCCCUGUAAUACACCAUGGUGUUUCUGUUCCCUGUAACACACCAUGGUGUUUCUGUUCCCUGUAAUACACCAUGGUGUUUCUAUUCCCUGUAAUACAUCAUGGUGUUUCUAUUUCCUGUAAUACACCAUUGCGGUUCUAUUCCCUGUAAUACAUCAAUGUGUUUCUAUUCCCUGUAAUACACCAUUGCGGUUCUAUACCCUGCAAUACACCAUUGCGUUUCUAUUCCCUGUAAUACACAAUGGUGUUUCUAUUCUCUGUAACACACCAAGGUGCCACUGACUGUCUGAUCUAGACAUACUCCGGAUUCCACAAUGUCAUACGCAGCCCAGUCAUUACUGUCCUUGUAGAGAAUGCUUACGUUUGAAUAACCAGCUCAACGUGUUACACAAUAUUCACAUUACGAUCAGGUGAAGUAAAAGAAAACACAGUACCUGUCUUCAUAAGGACGAAUAUAGCGUAUUACUACCCGUAGGUGAUUGAUAGACGGAUGUUGUCCAGACUGGGUAGCUUUCUUUCGCUACAUUCCUGUUAGUUCACCCGAUUGAGUGCAAAGUGAACGUUUGUCAUGGCGCGUUGUACAUGGCGCGUUGUACACCGUCUUUAACGUUACAUUUCCGAUAUCAAGGCCUAUGGAGCUGAAUCUCCGCAUACAUUAUCCCAGCUGUGGCGUUUCCAAAGAUGUUCACAGAAUAUCAAUCCCACUUGAAACAUUGUCGCCAUUAUUUCGUUAUAAGUCAGGUGGGCUAAAGAGACGUGCCACUCUUGUAAACACCACGUUGUACCUGUCCACACCCUCAAUGGUGUAUACACGAGUGUAACUAGUUUAUUAUAUAAAUUUAGUAAGUAGGAUUAAACACACAAACAUACAGAGGAAAGUUGUUAUAAUUUUCUAUGGAAACAUCUGAUGUAAUUGGCAGUCACAGCUGCGCAUUUCAUAACACCCUAUGCUGACUGUAUGUCAUGUUGUCAUUGGCGAUCCCAGUCUGUGACGCCUGGUGACAUGUUGCUGUAAACAUGAACAAUCUGGCCAACUCGGGCUGUUACUGUACUUGUCCAGAAGACAUGGCAGUUUUUUCUUGUACAUAGUUUUCUCAAUCCUUCCUACUGGAGUGGUAUUUUUGGACGCAUGGAUGCUAAUUACUGAACUUACUGCGGGUUCAUGAUGUAAGUAACAAUUAGUUCAAUUACAUUUUCUUCAUUUG